AACACCCCUACUGCCGACAGACCAGAGGAAAUCAAAUCUGUUUUUCUUUCAAGGUCAUUUGGUUUAUCCAUAUUACUUCAACCCAUUAUUACUUGCAGACUUUUAUAUCCAUUUCUGGUUCUAUAAAGUCUCUUUCUUUUUGAUCUGAAUUGGUGCCCAAGGCAAAUUCCCUUUCUGGUUCUCGGAGAAUCUGCUGCUUAUGGUCCCCAAAUUACUAAUACUGUUUCUCGAUUUUCUUGUUAUAUAUGGGCUGAGGUGUACGUUUCAUGGGAGCUGUAGAGCAUGAUGAGCCACCAUCGAAACGCGUAAAAGUGUACUCUGGAGAAUUGAAAGGUCAUUCAAACAGAAAAUUUGUUAGUGAGCCUCCAAGUUGCUCAGUGAGUGAUUCGAUGGCUUGGCCCCUGCCAUCCCAAGGGGACAUCGAGAUUGUUGGUUCCAAAGGGUUUAAGAAAGCGGAACUUGUGCGAAUAAUAGCUGAGGCUUUAUAUUCUCUUGGCUAUAAGAAGACUGGGGUACAUCUAGAGGAAGAGUCGGGUAUACCCUUACAUUCAUCGGUAGUUAAAUUGUUUACACAUCAAAUCCUUGAUGGUAAUUGGGAUGAAAGUGUGGCCACAUUGCAUAAAAUUGGUCUACUGGAUGAAACCAUCAUUAAGUUAGCAUCUUUUGUCAUACUGGAGCAGAAAUUUUUUGAACUUUUGUGUGGAGGAAAAGUCAUGGAUGCUUUGAGGACAUUAAGGACUGAAGUUUCACCUCUUUGCAUAAACAAUAAUAGAAUUCGUGAGCUUUCUUCCUGUAUUAUAUAUCCUUCACAGUGUGAACCUGUUGGAAUUUAUGCUGAAGAUAGUGCGAGGGUCAAGCCACGGUCAGCGCUACUGAAGGAAUUGCAGAAAUUGCUUCCCUCUACAAUGAUUAUACCUGAACAAAGGUUAGUACAUCUUUUUGAACAGGCUCUGGACUUGCAACGAGAGGCUUGCAUGUUUCACAACUCUUUCGUUGGGGAAAUGUCAUUGUUAACUGAUCAUCAGUGCAGAAGAGACCAUAUUCCUUCCCAGACUUUGCAGGUUAGGUGA